UUGUCAGGUUCGGCUUCACAGCUAAAAAUUUCUAAUUUUUAAAAGUGUUUUAAUUAUGUUCAGACAAAGAAAGGGAUAUGAUUCCAUUACAAUUUCAUUGCCUGAUAUAGUCGAUGUUCGUAUAGAUCAUGAUCGAACUUCUGUCAAUUUCAAUGAACCAAAACAAUCAGUAAAGAAAAUUAAGCAAAAAAAUAGAGAUGGUGGAACCAAGAACAAAAAUGAAGCACAGAAAGAAGUUUCAGAUGAGGACAAAUUAGAAGAAGCUUCAGAUGCUGAAUCUAAUGAACUUCCAAAAUGUUUAAGUGUUGGUGGAAAAUAUGAUUUCAAUAACAAAAGACUUGUUUUAUGUUUCUGGGCAAAGAAAUGGGAAUGGAGUUUAGUGUCAAUUCGCGGUGUUUAUAAGUUCAAUAAUUUUCAAAUUCCUGAAAAUUCUUUUCAAGAAAUUACUGGCGACGAUUUUACUUAUAAUGUGACUCCAACAGGAGAAAACAAUCAUGCAAAAGUAUUCAAAGUUGAUAUUUCAAGAAUCGACCGACAUGUACUCAAGAAACAUUUCUCAGUUGAGAUUUCGUACAUUUUUCUUGGUGAUGUUGACAUGAAUCAUUUCAGGUCGAAUUAUAUCUUCGAUUUACCAUACUUUCAAAACGAAACAAAAUUAAAGUUUAAAUUUCUCGGUCACUUUCAUGCUGAUGAAAGAAUUACGACUUUGUAUAACUACAAAUUCAAAUUGCAUCCUGACUUGAGUGCUUCAGAUGUUGAAUUGCUCAGAGAAAUCGAUCAUUAUCAACGUAAUCAUUUAACAACACAAAUCGUUGACAACUCGUCACAAAUGAUCAAGUAUGCUUUAAGCAUCGAAGAUUUAGAAACUCAAGAUGAACUCAAGGAAUUUACAUUACAAAAGAUUCAAUUAGAGGGCAUUGGUGAUAGUUAUUGGUUUCCCAUUACCGAAGAUAAACUUCCUGAAGAUUACAAUGAGAUGUCACUUUGCUUUGUGCCAAUGAAUAAAUAUCAAAAAGGAAAAAUCAAUUUCGAAAAGGAUUGCAUUUAUUCCCAAAUACAAAAGUAUGAAAAUGGAGAAAUUCGUUUUGAUAAGAAAUUUCCAAUAGUUUAUGGUCUACAACGAACUAUUGACUUACAACAGGAAUAUUGCUUACGUUUCAUUCCUAAUCGAAUUACUUAUCGGGCAUGCUUUCAAGCUUUUGACAUGAUUCAAAGAUUCAACUUGCAUAAUUAUUUUAACAAUUUUGAGGAACGUCCAGCAAAUAAUGAUGAUGAUGAUAAAGAGGAAAAAAUUGAAAAUUUUGAAUGGCUGAACGAUCAGAUUGCAAACAAUCAAGAACAAAUGACAGCAAUCAAAAACAUCGUCAACUGCACUGCUUACCCAUUUCCUUACGUAGUUUUUGGACCACCAGGAACUGGAAAGACGAGUCUUAUCAUUGAAUGCAUCGCCCAGAUUCUUAAAGCAAGACCAACAAGUCGUAUUUUGGUCACAGCACAAUCAAAUAGUGCUUGUGAUGAAGUUGGAGUCAGAUUGUUAAAUCACAUUUCACGACAAAGAAUUUAUCGCUUUUAUUCACCAUCACUUUUGAAUCCAAAGAGUGGCGAAACUUCUCAAGUUCUUCGUGAAACAUCAAACUUGAGAAACAAACGAAACGACUACCCGACGAAAGAAGAAUUUUAUCAUUUUAAUGUUGUGAUUGUGACAUUGAUGACUUGCUCACGUUUAGUGCAACUUGAUGUUGGAGAUAUGAAUCGUCAUUUUGAUUAUAUUUUCGUCGAUGAAUGUGCUGCAGCGACUGAGCCUGAAGCUUAUGUUCCAAUUGUUGGUUUAGGCACUGUCUUCACCGAAAUCACAUCGAACAUUGUUCUUCUCGGAGAUCACAAACAGCUUGGACCUGUCAUAAAUUCUGACAUCGCUGAGCGACUCGGAUUAGGUGUGAGUUUGAUGGAAAGAAUUAUGUCAAAGCCAAAAUACAAAAUAAGAGAAGACAAUUCAUAUGAUGAGAACUACGUCACUCAAUUGCUUGACAACUUUCGUUCACACCCAGCAAUUCUUCAGUUCUCCAAUGUUUUAUUCUACAAUUCGAAACUCCGUGCAAUGAUAUCGGAGCCUGAAAGAAGUCUUGGAACACGUUGGAACUUUCUCCAAAAUAAAAAGUUUCCAAUUCUAUUUCAUUGCAAUAAGACGCCGAGUAAAAUUGUUAAACACGGAACAAGUUCAUUUAAUAAUGGCGAGAUCGAUAUGGUUCGUUUCUAUGUUGAUUUGCUGCUCAAUGUUGGAAUAGACGGUAAAAAAUGCAUUCCCGAUGACAUUGGCAUUGUGUCACCUUACAAAGCUCAACUACAAAAAUUAAAAGAAAAAUUUAGAAAUUAUGGGAAUCUUGAAAUUGGCACAGCUGAAUAUUAUCAAGGACGGGAGAAACGAAUUAUCAUAAUUUCAACAGUAAAAUCACGCGACAAUGUUGGAUUCCUUAAAAGUGAAAGACGUUUGAAUGUUUGCAUCACAAGAGCAAAAACUCUUCUCAUUCUGAUUGGAAAUGCAGACACAUUACAGCAAAACUCUUUGUGGAAUUCCUUCAUGCAUUUUUGCAAAGCCAAUAACAGUUGUUGUGGAGAUGCGUUUCAAUUAAAACGAUUGACAGAUGAAGAACAGAAAAUCCUCGACGAACUAAACACUGUUUUUACUGACUUGUCAAUUGAUGGAGAAAAUGAAGUUGCAGCCAAUUCCGCUAUUGAAAAAGACGAGAAGUUAAAGGCCAUUAAAGAUCGUAUGGAGAAGUUGAAGGAAUUAAUGAAGGAAAUGCAAUAAAGAAAAAUUAAAUAACAAACAAUUUCUUACCUUCCACUGAUAUUUUCUUGUCAUCAUUGAGUGCCGGAGCGCAACAAUUUGUAACACUUGAUUAAAUUCUUUACAAAAUCGUUUCAAUGUUCAUACAACAAAAUAUUUUUUAAUAAAAACAUGCAACGGUAAA